AUGUCGGAAAAUGUGAAAAUAGCUAUUAUUACUGUUUUAAAACAAAGUGAAUAUUUUUCGCUACAACUGGAUGAAAGCACAGACGUUGCUGGCGAAGCUAAUUUAUUAGUUUUUGUUCGUUUUGAGUUGAAUGGUAAUAUUGAAGAAGAAAUGCUGUUUUGUCAGUCUUUGUCGACAAAAACAACUGGCGAAGACAUUUUUAAAUCUGUUGAUAGCUUUAUAAAAGGAAACAAAGUAGAUUGGUCAAAGUGUGUAGGUUUGACAACUGAUGGGGCACGUGCUAUGUCUGGAAUUCAUACUGGAUUAAUUGUCAGAGUUAGGUCAGUUGCUCCUUUAGUUCAAUGGACACAUUGUAGCAUACAUAGAGAGGCUCUUGCAGUUAAAGGUUUAGACGAGUGUCUCAAAAAAACUCUUGAUGGAGCAGUUAAAAUCGUCAACUUUAUUAAAGCAAGGCCUAAAAACUCCAGACUGUUUGGUGUUUUGUGUGAUGAAAUGGGAAGUGAACACAAACAGCUUUUACUUCACUGUGAUGUUCGUUGGCUGUCAAGAGGUAAAGUGUUAUCAAGAUUGUUUGAACUCCGUGAUGAACUUAGGGUUUUCCUUAUGGAAGGGGGUUAUGAUGGAAAACUUGCAAGUUCCUACUUAGAAUUGGUGACCGAUGAAAACUGGUUGAAACGAUUGGCGUAUUUGGCGGAUAUUUUUGGUGCCCUCAACGUUCUUAAUUUAACUUUGCAAGGCAAACACAUUCAUAAGUUUUUUGUGCAAGACAAAGUUGAUGCAAUGAUAAUCAAGCUUCAACGAUGGGCUCUAAAAGUAGAACAAGAUUCCUUCAAUGCAUUUCCAGUCCAACAUGAUUUUCUUUAA